UUAAUGAAAAAAAGAAAAUUUUAUUCUUUGAAAAAAAGAGUGAAUAAGACAAUAAUUGUUGCGCGAUAAAAACGAAAGUGAAUCAGGGACUCACGGUCUACAAGGGAGUUUGUGGCAAAUUUUUUUUUGUGUUAGAAUUGGAAAUUUCUUUUUCCAAUCAGUGAAUGAUAGUGAAUGUGGUUUAUUUGCAUUAAAGUGAUUUCUUGGAUUUCAUUUGGAUUUUCGUUAAAAAUUUGCUGAAACAGCGCCGAAUUUUGGUGAUCAAAAAGAGGGAAAAAUCUGGGGCCCUAUUGAAAGGGCCCCCCAACAGGAAGUGGCCGCCCUUAGGCGGAUUAAGGGGCAGGUAAUAUGGAGCAGUUUGAGCAACUGCUGACGUGUGCAAUUUGCUUGGAUCGUUAUAGAAAUCCAAAAUUGCUGCCAUGUCAACACAGUUUUUGCAUGGAGCCAUGUAUGGAUGGCCUCGUCGAUUAUGUUCGUCGACAAGUAAAAUGUCCCGAAUGUCGAGCCGAACAUCGAAUACCCUAUCAGGGUGUACAGGCCUUUCCAACCAACGUAACAUUGCAACGUUUUUUGGAAUUACACAUCGAAAUAACUGGGGAAUUGCCAGAUCCAACGAGUGGUCAAACCAUGGAACGUUGCGGUGUUUGUUCAGAAAAAAGUUAUUGCGCUCUUUGCGUUCAUUGCGAGAAAAAAUGCUGUCCAGAAUGCAAAGACGCACACAUGGACAUUCUGAGACGAGAAAUCACACGUAUCAACUCACAGGUGCGUAGAGGAUUACAUCGACUGCAGGAUGCAUUGGCUUUAGUGGAGAAGAACACUCUUGGUCUACAGACAAAUUCUGCAUCGGUUGCAGAGGAAGUGGACGAAAUUUAUCGAAGACUCAGUAAGGCAUUAAAAGAUCGUACCGAGCAAUUGCGUAACGAACUCGAUCGUUAUUUGGGCACUGAACUUCGAGGUCUCAUUCAACUCAAAGAAAAUCUCGAGCUCGAGAUUGCCAAUAUUCAAAGUAAUUGCGAUCUUGCCGAGGCUCACAUUAAUGAAAAUGUCCCAUGGGACGAUGCCGAACUUCUCGAUACCAAGGAACUAUUUUUGCGUACCGUCGAAUUCAUCCGGAACUUUGAAUAUGAAGCGGGAGAUUAUGGUCGUCGGGUGCGUUUCGUAAUGGCCCACGAUCCGAAUCAAUUGGUCCUUCACGUUGCCGGUUAUGGAGAAUUGAAUAUAAAACCAGAAACCGGAAGUAGCGGACUUUUGGGAAGCAGUUCCGGAACUCUAGCACCGCCUGGCGGUUCACCAGGACUGAUGAGGAGUAAAAGCGAUCAUCGUCUCGCCUCACAGUACCGUCAACCGGAUGACGACAAUCGAUUGACUAGAAAUCGAUACGUUCCCGAUUAUGAAUACGAUGCACCUGAAUAUGAGGCGCCGAGGAACAAAUCGCGUUACAGGAGUCGAUUUAUGAGACAUCGUGACGGUGAGGAUUCGGAUGGCGAUACAAGAACAACGGUGAGAUUCACGGGAACACAGGACACGGGAAAUGCACGUGAACGAGUACUUGAUACGGAAGAUGCUGCGAGGGGUCCUCUCUCGGGAAUUUUUCGCCUCACGGAUUCACCACGUGUUAUGAAGAAACUACAGGAAUACGAAAGGGCCGGCAAGAGGAAAAAAGAGGAACCCGUUCAACCUCCACCCCCGGCACAGCCAAAGCCUCAGGUCCAAGUGAGAAAAGCUCCAACAGCCGUGGCUCGACAAGUGAGCGAAGACGACGAAAUUUCGCGGAUCAAGAAGCAAAAUAAAAAUGUUCCUACCCCACCGGAAACUGUCGAAGAACGUCAACCGCCUUCUGUGACUGUCAGAGAGACACAGGAACGAGAACCCGAAGAACUUCCCCGAAGAACACCCAUUACCAGAAGAACAUCGGCAGACGCUCAUGCUCAAGGAACAAGAAGUGCAUCUUCAGAUUCAAGUACAGGCUCGGAAAGUUCAAGUGGCUCGGGAAUAAGAACAACUGGUGCACCAUUCACUGCUGAAGAAAUGAAACAGAAAUAUUUAUCGAGAGCACCGCCGACAAAUACAACGACAACGAUUUCUUCAGGUCCAGGUAGUCUCUCAAGUUCAUCCCAUAGAGACCCUCCAACAACAACCACAUCCUCCACCAGACCCUUUCAGAGUCGUUUUUUAGGCGCAGGUAAUCGUGCGGCACCACCGCCUCCUCAGGUGACACCAACGCCAGCCAGGGAAGAGCCGAAGAAGAAGGAAGAAGUGGAGGAAGACGAGGAUGAAACGAGCAGUUCAUCCGAAGAGACGGAAACUGAAACCGAAGAGGAAUCGGAGACCGAGACUCGAACAACGACCACUGCACCGGCCGCGACACAAGAUCGACAGAGAAAUGAAUCUGCCAUGGCUCGAACAGAUAUUGGCCCUCUUCUUGCACGCAGUGCUGAGGCACGUCGUGGCAGCAAGGAGGACUCACCUUCAUCCAGAUACGUCUCGCCGAGGGGAAGUCCAGCGCAGACAAUAUCAACAACAACAACACCAACAACAACAUCGAUGACAACACCAGGCGGCUAUACCAGCAGAUUCCUGAACAAGAGCAGAAGUCAGGCAGCAAUGGCACCGACGAGAGAGAGGGACAGGGAGCCAGUGGACACGGAGCCCAUCGAGCCAUUGUCGCCGAGAUCGAGGUACGCCGCCCUGAAGGAGAGACGACAAAGAUUGGCGAGAUCGAGGAGCUCGCACAAUUUCGGUGGCGAGGAAUUGGAAAUCGACGAGGAUCCACCGUCCCCGACGACACAAUCGCCGAAUGCAUAUCUGGCAGCGAAAUACGGAGCCGGCUCGGAAUUGGCAAGAAGUCGGAGCACUCACGCUCUAAAGUCCCGCGAACCAAGUCCGGAUCGAGAUCGCGGAGGCGCCGAAAAAGACGGCGCUGCCCUUAGCUCAUGGGCGCGUUAUCUCAAAAAUAAAUACGGAAAUCGAAGCACCAAGGAUAAGGAGCCACCGACCACCACCUCGAUACCCUCAUCUAGUGCAAGCGCAACCUCUAGAAGGUUGUCACUUGGUCUACCUCUGAGACAUCCGGGUCAAACGUCCUUUGAAUCUUCUGACGACGACCAAAAAAACCCGUCAGGCUCCCCCACGUCCCCUAUAGCAGCUCCCGUUAUACCCGCGCCAGCAGGUUCCUCCACUAGAGGUCAGUACCUGCUGAAGCGGCGGCAGCUGUUCAAAUUUGGGAUGCGGGGGAGCGAAGCCGGAUGCUUUACUUGGCCAAGAGGCCUUGCAGUUGGGCCGGAUAAUUCCAUCGUCGUGGCCGAUAGUUCGAAUCAUCGUGUUCAGGUUUUCGACGGAAACGGAAACUUCAUGAAGGAGUUUGGAAUGUAUGGAAGCGGAGAAGGUCAAUUUGACUGUUUGGCAGGAGUUGCGGUUAAUAGAAUCGGUCAAUUCAUUAUUGCCGAUCGUUAUAAUCAUCGUAUUCAAGUCUUGGAUCCAUCGGGUCGUUUUCUGCGAGCUUUCGGUUCUCAAGGAACGGCCGACGGACGAUUCAAUUAUCCCUGGGGUAUAACCACCGACGCCCUUGGAUUUAUUUACGUGUGCGACAAGGAAAAUCAUCGUGUCCAAGUUUUCCAAUCGGACGGGACGUUUGUCGGGAAAUUUGGAUCCUGUGGAAGUGGUCGUGGUCAAUUGGAACAUCCACACUAUAUUGCAGUGAGCAAUACAAAUCGAGUGAUUGUCAGCGACAGUAAUAAUCAUCGUGUUCAAAUAUUUGAUGUCAAUGGACGUGUUUUGACGGCAUUUGGAUCGGAAGGCUCCGACGAGGGACAAUUUAAAUUUCCUCGCGGUGUUGCAGUCGACGAUCAGGGCUACAUUAUUGUCGCCGAUUCGGGCAAUAAUCGUAUACAAAUUUUCACUCCGGAAGGCAUUUUCCUCAGGGCUUUUGGCAAUUGGGGCAGUGGCGAUGGCGAAUUCAAGGGACUCGAGGGUGUUGCUGUUACUUCAGCUGGCAAUAUUGUUGUCUGCGAUCGUGAAAAUCAUCGUGUCCAAGUAUUCUGACAGUUUUCUCAAGUCUGAAAAUUUUUAUUCAAUUCGACAAAAUAGAGGGAAAGAAAGUGAGAAGAAAUUAUUCUUCUCUUUUCUUUCCUAUUCAUUUUUUUCUCUCCUGGUGAUGGGCUUUUCUAAAAAAGAAAUUUUUUUUAUAAUUAAAUUCAAAUAUUUUCACUUUGCUUGCCUAUUAAAAAUUAAAUAAUUGCAGAAAUUUUAAAAAAG